GAAGAAGCGCCAAUUCAAGUCAUUGGGAGCUGCGCGCGGUGCUUGGAGGUUCGGCGAAGUCCGUUAAAUCUUAAUAUACUUAUCAGUUCAAGACAUAGUUUAGAGGUUUAUCAAAGUUUAUCAACGUUAAGGGUUCGUACACAUACGUGUUGUAUCUAUACAUACACACAUGACGACAGAAGGAGCCGGAAGAUGAACCUUCACGGACUACCAGCGCUUGUUUAUGGAGAUGUUUUGACUGGCGACACCCUGAGCAUGACCAGAAGGACGACUGGGAAUGCUCCUUCUACCUUGGCUUUCCCAAAGUCCAAGUCCUCUCUGUGGGAUCCGAGCCCAUCUGGGGACGCGGUCGGUCUUCAGCUCUGCUACUACAGGUGCCCUCACCUGCGGGUGUUGGAGAAGGCUCUCCGUCUGGCCCACCGCCAUGCCCACCAGAGGAGUAACCCCGCCCACCAGAGGAGUAACCCCGCCCACCAGAGAGGUAACCCCGCCCACCAGAGGAGUAACCCCGCCCACCAGAGGAGUAACCCCGCCCUCUGCUGCUUCCUGCUGGGCUCCAUCUGCGUGGAUGAAGAUGAGGAGGGCGUGACCCUGUCCCUGGACCGCUUUGACCCGGGUCGUGAACAGGGUGGUGUCCGGGUUCCCUCCCUCCUGCUGCCGGGGGACGUGGCGGUCCCUCUAGAGUUCAUCCUCCAGGGAGACCCGGAGCCCAGCCCCUUAGACCUCAGCCUCGCCUUCCAGGGCCUGCAGCAGGCCUGUGGGGGUGCUGAGGUGGCAGACCUGUCCCAGCUGCUGGGGGUCAGAGGUCAGGUCAGCUGUUCCCAGCAGGGCGACCGCCUGGACUUCUCGCUGCGCUGGUUAGCAGCGAGCUGCGCCGGAGGCUUCGAUGUGGUGGGGGUCCGACCCCUCCCCAUCAUCCCCACCGCUCUGGCCCGCAGCCUGAGUGGCCUCCCUGGCCCCUCCAGCCCAGUCCCCCCACGACCCGGCCCCUCCAGAACCGGCCUCUCCAGACCCGGCGUCUCCAGACCCGGCCUCAAGCAGCAGCGAGGGUUCCUGACCAUGGACCAGACCCGUAAACUACUGCUGCUGCUGGAGUCCGAUCCCAAGGCCUGCAGCCUGCCCCUGGUGGGAGUGUGGCUGAGUGGAGUGGUCCAGCCGUCCAACCCCCUGGUCUGGGCCUGGUGUCUCCGCUUCUCCCACAGCUCAUCUCUCCAGGACAGGGUGCUCUCGGAGCAGGGCUGGUUCUUACUGGUGCUGUUCUCUCCCAGUCAGCCCCGGUUCUUCCAGGUCCGCUCUGCUGAGUCCGGACCCACGGCCGUCCUGCGUCUGAGCUGCUCCCAGCACCUCACCCUGUUCAAGCAUUUGGAGCCAGCAGAGGGCCACUACCUCCAGGCUGAUCUCUGCCUCGAUGAGACCAGGCAGACGGAGCUGGUCCAAGGCCCCGCCGCCCGCCCUCUGUCCAGCCUCCUGGGAGCCACGCUGGACCAGGACUCUGGGGUAGAGGAUGAAGACCUCUCUCCCCGCCCCUCUCCCAGCCCCCACGCGGCCACCCAGCAGACCAGAAGAGUUCAGCCCUCCGUCCCCGAGCUGUCCCUGCUGGUGGACGCCUCCCUCCCCCCGACCCCCCAGCCCCCCUCCAGGAGGAGCUCCGGGCCGCUGGGCCCCCCCUACCUCCACUCCACCCCGGCCGCCCCUCUCAGCCGGGCCUCCGCAGGCUUUUGGACCGCCAAGACCCCGCCCACACUCAUCCUCCUCCAUCCUGAGCGCGGCUCCACCCCUCCUGGGCCUGCCCCCCCCCCCCUGCCCUGCUCCUGUCUCCAGGCGGCACGGCCGCCGUGGGAGGAGGUGCCCUCCGACGCCUACCAGAUGCUGAUGGCCCAGGAACGACAGCUCCGGCUGCUGCAGGCUCAGAUCCAGAUGUUGUUGGAGCCCAGGGCCCUCACUGGUCAGCCAGACGGACCUCCAGAGAAAGGCGCCCCCCCCCGCCCGCAGACACUGCCUCCCACCACUGCCAGUGUUGCUGUGGAAACAGGGGCCAGUCUGUUCUGGAGGUCCAGCCCGCCGCCCAGAGACCGGACCCGAGGGGACCGGACCCGAGGGGACCGGACCCGAGGGGACCGGACCCGAGGGGACCGGACCCGAGGGGACCGGCCUUCCUCUCCUCUAAGAGACUGCACUCAGGAGCUACACUGCACUAGUGGAGCUGAAAGCCCCGUCCCUGGGACGAGCAGCAGUCUGUUCUUCAAUACCAGCGCCACCCAAUCAGACCACGUCCUCCCCACCCUACAGCUGCAGGUGAGCAGUCGGCUUCAGGCCUCGCUGAGCGACCCGGAGUCCCCAAUACCUUCCUCACCGUCAUCAUCUUCAUCAUCGCUACCCUAUGGUGACCACGCCCACUCCUACAGGAAACAGGAAGUCCAUGCCCGCUCCUACAGGAAGCAGGACAUGUCUGGGGGAGAUGAGGAGCAGCUGGGGGUCACUUUGGACCCCCGACCCGACCUCAACACCGAAGACAGGUACUGUCCACUACACUGGUUCACCUCCACUACACUGGUCCACCACUACACUGGUCCACCUCCACUCCACUGGUCCACCUCCACUCCACUGGUCCACCUCCACUCCACUGGUCCACCUUUCAACCCUUCCUUGCUCCCCAGGGUGGCCCCGACCCCAACGAACCCCCCCAGCCUGGCCCGGACCCCCAUGGACCCCCCCAGCCCUGCCCGGACCCCCAUGGACCCCCCCAGCCCUGCCCGGACCCCCAUGGACCCCCCCAGCCUGGCCCGGACCCCCAUGGACCCCCCCAGCCCUGCCCGGACCCCCAGAGACCCCCCCAGCCUGGCCCGGACCCCCAGAGACCCCCCCAGCCUGGCCCGGACCCCCAUGGACCCCCCCAGCCUGGCCCGGACCCCCAGAGACCCCCUGCUCCCGGGGGGGUCCGUGGACCUCAGCCUGGCCCCCCUGCUCCCCGGGGGGUCCGUGGACCUCAGCCUGGCCCCCCUGCUCCCGGGGGGGUCCGUGGACCUCAGCCUGGCCCCCCUGCUCCCGGGGGGGUCCGUGGACCUCAGCCUGGAGGCCAACGCCAUCGCUCUGCGCUACCUGAGUGACGGACAGCUGUCCAGACUGUCAGCAGGCGUCCGGGGCGGCAGGGCGGACCGCAGCGUCCUGCUGCCCAGCAACAUGUCCCUGGCCACGCGGGGCUACAUGAGGAGGUACGGCCUGAUAGAGGAGGAGCAGGAGGAGGAGGAGGAGCAGUGUGACGGCCUCCCCUGCGCCACACUUGGUACAGGGUCCAGUCUCCCCCAGAGCCAGCUAAUCAGGGACCUGCAGCCCCAGCUUCAUCUCCUGGCCCGGUCCAGCAGGACCCAGGACCAGGACCAGGGGGCCGUCUGGCAGGAGGCCUCCCUGGCCGCAGGCUCUGUGGGGAACUUUCUGGAUGUUAGCAGACUCCGACAGCUGCCCAAACUCUUCUAGAUUAACCAGCUCAACUAGCCACAUAGACUGACCCGUACCCCACCAGUAUGGCCGUAAACCACCCAGACUAACCCUUACCCCACUCGUGUAGUGUUUUAACACCGACCCACUGAGCGCUGGUCCUCCAGGUCCAGGUCCUGGUCCAGGUCCUGGUCCAGGUCCUCUUACCCUGAACAUGUCUUUCUGGUUCCAGAUGAAACCAGAUCACGCUCUAUAUGUAUAUUUGGAAUUCAAAAUAAAUUAUUUUUAAUCAA